ACAUCCAAUAUAACCCCUCGAUGAGGACAGCGAGUGAUGAGAUUGUCUAUGCGUCCUGUUGCGUGAAUGCGGUACGCGAGACCAUCUCAACUCAUGCCAUUGAGGCAAACCCUGCCACGAAAUUCCUCAAUACACAGACAGAGACAACUGAUUUCUUUGGAGUUCGACUUAACCUUUUGAAAUCGAACGGCCUUCCUCUUGAAGAGCCGGUCCCCAUGAACCAGGUGUAUAGCCUGUGUGUGGCUGUAACAGACGAAGCAUACGAUUUUGUGGGUCUUUUUCUCAUCACCGCCCGUAACGAAGAUUCCUCGAGAUCCGUCCAGACCUAUUCUGAUGGUUGCAAUGAUGUCGGGGCCGACUCCAUCAUACAUCGGAUGCCGUACAGAGUUAACGCCAAGAAAAUCUGCAUGGAAUACAAACCAGGGUUUUUCACUCCAGGGCCCCCUGAAAUUAUUUUUGACAUCGAAUAUAACCUGUGUACAACUGCUAGUCAGUCAUCCUGCAACCUGGAAACCGAAUGUAACGAUGCAGGACGGAAGCGCCGCCAGGCCAUCGAGGAACCAAACAAGAAUAACGCCGUUGCUAGAGUUAGGUUUGAAGGUGGACAAACUGCAUCCGAAUCUCAAGGCGCUGAAGCAGUAGCCCCGUCUGUGGCGGAGUGCAACACGACUCCCACCAUGUUCGUCGCCAUCAUCGCCACAUCCGUCAUUGUUGUGCUGCUGCUUCUGGUGACAAUCGUUCUCAGCUGCCUUCUCAUGAAACGUAGGCGUCGUAAGGAGUUUGACGGGGAUGGCUUCAAGACGGAGAAGAGCUCUCACAAACCACAAUACUAAUGCCGUCCGUUGCAUCUAUUGCGAAAAUCCCGUAUCCUCAUGAGUAC